UUAACAGACGCUACCACAAGGAAGCAGAAGUUAAUAUUUAUGUUUUCGAAUGUAAACAUGGCAGGAGAGUCGGUAGGGAGUGAAGAGAACGAUGCUUCUCUUCAAAAUGCAAAUGUCAGGAAAAACAGAAGAGACUCAGGUAACACUGCUAAUGACAAGCCUGGUGCUCCAAAGUCCAUUAAAAGGAAGCGUGAUUCAUUAGAAGUGAUCGACGACGAUGUGGAUAUCAAACCUUCCAAAGAUCAACUACGAACUCAUCGCCUAUGUCCAUACUUAGACACUAUAAACCGACAAGUUCUGGAUUUUGACUUUGAAAAAUUAUGCUCUGUAUCCCUGUCAAGGAUCAAUGUCUAUGCUUGCCUGGUGUGUGGGAAAUAUUUUCAAGGCAGAGGGACAAACACACACGCAUAUACACAUAGUGUCGCUGAAAGCCAUCAUGUAUUUCUCAACCUUCAUACUUUGAAGUUUUACUGUCUACCAGACAACUAUGAAAUUAUAGAUUCCUCGCUUGAUGAUAUAAAAUAUGUCCUCAAUCCAACAUUUACUUCAGAACAGAUUAGUGCCAUGGACACUAGUGACAAAUUAUCAAGAGCAAUUGAUGGAACAAUGUAUAUUCCAGGGAUUGUAGGACUUAACAAUAUAAAAGCUAAUGACUACUGCAACGUUAUUUUGCAGGCAUUGUGUCAUGUAACGCCACUAAGAAAUUAUUUUCUACGUGAAAUUAAUUAUGCUCGUAUAAAGAGACCACCAGGAGACAGUUCAUUCUUACUGGUACAGAGGUUUGGAGAGCUUAUGCGAAAGCUGUGGAACCCUCGUAACUUUAAGGCACAUGUUUCUCCCCAUGAAAUGCUUCAAGCUGUUGUCCUGUGGAGUAAAAAGAAAUUUCAGUUUAUUGAGCAAGGUGACCCUAUAGACUUCCUGUCCUGGUUUCUAAAUGCAUUACACUUAGCUCUGAAUGGUACAAAGAAACCUGAUUCUUCCAUUGUGUAUCGCUCCUUUCUGGGAUCGAUGAGAAUUUACACCCGCAAGAUUCCACCCAUAGAGUUGGAAGAGGAGCAGAAGAGUGCUCUAUUGCUUACAGAUGAAUAUCAAGAGAAGGUGACAGAUUCACCAUUUCUUUAUCUAACAUGUGACCUGCCACCUCCACCUCUGUUCAAAGAUGAAUUUAGAGAGAACAUUAUUCCACAGGUGAACUUGUAUACAUUGCUCCAGAAAUUCAAUGCACAAACUGAGAAAGAGUAUAAGACAUACAAAGAGAAUUUUAUGAAGAGGUUUGAAAUUACUAAGCUGCCACCAUACCUCAUAUUAUAUAUCAAGAGGUUUACGAAAAACACAUUCUUCGUUGAAAAAAAUCCAACCAUAGUGAAUUUUCCAGUCAAGAAUGUUGAUUUUGGAGAUAUUCUUACUCCAGAAGUCAAGGAGAGAUAUAACAACACAAUAUAUGAUCUGGUGGCAAAUAUUGUGCAUGAUGGUGAACCAGGCAAAGGUACAUACAGAGUACAUGUGCUGCACAAGGGAAGUGGCAAGUGGUAUGAGAUGCAGGAUCUUCAUGUCACCGACAUACUUCCACAGAUGAUCACAUUGACCGAGGCGUAUAUUCAGAUAUAUGAGCUCAGGAAGGAUUUUAAAGAUGAUAUGAAGAUGGAGGUUGUAUGAUAUAAGGCAUCAAACACAGGCACAAUUCAUAAGUUUCCCAAGCAAGUACCUUACUGAAGAAUUCUUCAUGAGAGGGAAAUGACAUGCAGCAGUUGUUCAUUGAAAUGCUAGAGUGACUAAUGUAAAUAUUGUAUUUAUAACUGGGGUAAAAAUUCCCUGCUCCUCUUCUACAAAAUGUGCAGCAAAUGUCUGUUUUCACCGCCAUUCUCUAUCUUUAUUUAUGUCUCUUACCCAUGGGUAGACUGAUAAGUGAAACUACUCAAGGGACACAUCACGUCCAAUGCAGACACUCAAAUGCUGCCGUCAAAAGACCACUGUAUUAAAAUUAAAUAUUUUACUGUAAUUAAUUUUCUCAUAUAUCACUUGUUUUUCAUUUCCUACUUGGCUAUUUGAUUUCCAUUUUUUUCUAUUGUUUGUUUCUCUCCUUCAGUUCCAUGUAAAUACAACUAAAGGAUUGUACAGUUAUAUGUUAGGUUGUUAUGAUGGCUUUCUGAUUCAGUGAUUAAAUGUCUCUGCUGGAUCUAUCCACAAAUCUAGGGGUUGAUCUGCACUUGUGAUCAGAGUUUUUGUUGCCUCUGGAAUGCUUUGUUUAUGUGAAAAAUACUAAGUUGAAUAUGGUUCAGAUUACAUAUUCACUAUAACCAGCUGCUGUCUUGUGGAAGAGAAAGGCCCUGUAAGAGGGCCAUACACCGAUGUCUUAUGGCAUCAUAUUGUGAGGUAACUUGUUACUGAGGAGAAAAAGUGUUUGUUGCACAAUAGUGUGCAAUAAGGACAAUAUGUGACAUGAGUAUAAUAUGUGCUAUUAGUGCUAGAAUCUUUUGUAGACUGUUCUUUAAAGAGUUACAGAUACCAAAAACA